AUGUCACCACCACAAGAAAACCAGCGAUCGCCAGUGGGCGGGUACCAUAACCGUUACAGCCCACAAGUUAUCAAUAACACUCAAAAUUCCAAGAAUAAAGGAUCCAUUGAAGCAAUGGCGCACCGCAAACCGUUCGGUGAAGCUAACUUGAACAUUCAAGGCUCAAUGCCAGCCAAGAAAGAGGGGUUCAACCGUGUGCUAGACGGUUUGAAGAAGCGUCAAUUACAACAUGAUUUUAAAUUGGAACGUGCUGCGGAGACCUAUGAGCCUAUCCAGAAUAUUGGGUCGGGAGCGUUCGGAAUUGUUUGUGAAGCUGUAGAAACUUCAAGUGAUGAUAAGGUCGCCAUUAAAAAAGUUGCUCAUGCUUCCGCCACUCCUACACUUGCCAGACGUACACUUCGGGAAAUCCGUGUCCUUCGCUACAUCGACCAUCCAAACAUUGUCACACUCCGUGACAUUUUCAGAACACAAGGUCCACUUGGCAUCGACGUUUUUCUUGUCAUGGAUCUGAUGCAAAACAACCUUCAUCACAUUAUUUAUGGAAACGAGGAACCAUUGGAUGAAUACUACAUCAACCAGUUUUUGGGACAGCUUUUGAGAGGACUGGAGUACCUUCAUGUCGCCUCCAUCGCACACAGAGAUCUAAAACCAUCGAAUCUGCUAGUCAAUCAGGAUGGAACUCUUCGGAUAGCAGACUUCGGAAUGGCCAAGUUCACAGACAACAGUUCAAAGAAACAUGACGAUGAGGAGCAUUGUUACUAUAUGACUCAACAUGUGGCCACCCUUCCAUACAGAGCUCCAGAACUAUUAUUUGUCCUACCAGAACACUCAACAGCAGUUGAUAUGUGGGCGGUGGGAUGUAUUUUUGGAGAGAUGGUCACUAGAAACGAGUUUUUGCCGGGUAGAAGUGUUCAGGGACAGAUUAAAAUGCUUCUGGCGAUGUUGGGACAUCCACCACAACAUGUUAUCGAUGAGAUCAGAUGUGAUCGCACAAAAAAGCUGAUUCAAGACUACGAAAGAAGGGCAGACGGCGAAUGGGAUGAUAUUAUGUAUUGCAAGGCUAGAGGAGAUCAUCAAAUCGUUCGUGGACACUGCGACACUAUUGAUUUUGUGAAGCAACUCUUCCAGUAUGAUGCUACAAAAAGAAUCAGCAUUCAAGAAGCAUUAGCUCAUCCUUACAUUCAAAGAGUCAUUGAGCCACAGGGAUCUCAAAAGAAAUGUCCUUUCAGAGUCAAGAAAGAUAUGAUGCAAGUGGAAGACUUGAGUCAUCAGGAAUUAAUUGAAAUCAUGAAGCAAGAUGUGAGGUCUGCAGAGAACACUUAUAAUGAGAUGCGAUCUGGAGAUUCAACAGGCAGCACCAGUUCGGACAGCCUGUCAGCGGAUACGAGUGGCGAGUAUCCGCCUAUGGAGCAGCAUGAGAAAAUAAUGGAAGACGUGGCGACACAAAUCUCGAUUUGUGAGCCGUCAUCCCUGUAA